AUGGCAUCAGUCACGGCCCAGCGUCGCGGAGUCCGGGCUGCAUGUGACCGAUGCUAUGAGCUCAAGGAACGCUGCCAGCGUGUUUCGCUGACUGCCACCUGUGUCAGAUGUGACAGGCUAGGUCAGGCCUGUCUGACUGUGCGUCCACCGCGACGGGCGGGUCGAAGGCCACAACAUGCAGACCACUCUGCCUCUCAAACAUCGUCAAGCCGGUCAAGCUCGGACGCUCAGUCUGAACGCGAUGUCGGUGCCUGGCUACGGGAUGUUCCUGGUCUCUGCCCGGAAGAGAGGGAUCUGAUGAGUUUCCUCCUCUACCAACCCCAGACAUUGCAGUUCUAUGUGGUCGGCUCCAGCUUUGAAGAUGCUGAGCAAAAGUCGUUUGAGGCCCCGUUGCCGGCCGCUUUGCCGGUACUCAAAGACGCCUACCUCGCCUAUGCAGGCGGGCUGAAGGGAUUCCAGAGCGACAAACCGAUGGAUGUGAAUGUGGACGCUAAUCUCCGGCAUGCAUCCUCAGCCAUGAGAACACUGCGCAUGCUGCCGAUUACCAGUGCAGAAGAUGCGGCUUUAUGUCUCACAGUGGGGAUGGCUUUAGCACUUUAUAUCUACACAGAGGUUGGUGUUGGUGUACCCGAUAUCUGCCGCUAUUGCCUCAGCCGUGCCAGGCCUUAUAUUGAGCCUGCCGCAUCGAUCCCUGGAACAGAGCCCCAGCUCGUCUUUCUUGUAUUGCUGGAGAUCAUGGACUGUGCGGUCCACCGCCGAAAACCGACACUGAGGAUCCAGUCACCGCCCGCAAAAGGCGUGGAUCGCCACUUGGGGUUCUGCCUCCCCUUACUUCCAUACUAUUACGAUCUCUGUGCCAUCAGCCACUCGCUGAUCGACGCCAGCAAUGCCAGUUUCGUAUACACACUGCACCAGCAUCUCCGGAGCAUCCAGGCUGCUGUGAAUGCAUGGCAACCGUCCACACCGGAGCAUUUCGUCAAUGAAUUCUCGUCGGUCGAAGUGGUCCACCUCCUGGCGCAAGCGAGGGUAUACCGAUUGGCCGCGUUGCUGAUGGCCCACCGACUGCAACACGAAUUUGGACAAGAGGAUGGUCAGGCGGAUAUCUGGUCGCGCGAGGUGCUCAUGGAACUCGAGCUGGCUCGACGGACGACACAGCGAUCGAUCCGGUUUGUAACGCUGCCGUUCAUUGUUGCUGCGAUCGAGAUUCGAGACCCAGCCGCACGGACCAAAGCAGUCCAGGAUGUGGACGAGUAUGUUGAUCGAUUUAUGCCGGUCGUGCAGGAAGCCACCAGGACAUUUUUGUCGCGCAUCUGGCGCGAGCGGGAUGCUCAGGGAAUACGCGCUUGGUUUGACUCCGUCCACAAGCCAUGCGUUAUACUGGACUCUCUCGGAUCUUCCCGCUGCAUGGGAUUCCUCCAAACGCAAGGAAAGUAGAGAGCCAAGAGCUGAUUCGGGGAUCGAGGCAAAAGAGCGACCUUUGUGUUCUACUGUGAACCACCCCUCCCACGUCUUCACUUCUUGCCAGACCUCGAGGUUCAGAGGGUUCUACCACACACGGCAGAUAUUUUUCACCGGUUCUGAGCGCAAAAAAAGUCGACGAUCUACGCCAGUGCGAAUCGAAUACUACUUCCAGGGAGCAAAAAGUUCAGAUCGGGCGGCUCUGAUCUUACCUUUCUCCUUACAACUAGAUCCUGCCCUCGACCCUCGUUUUGAGGAGUUUUGUCAACCCAAGUUUACCCACAACCCACAUGGAUCUAGUUGUUUUUGUGAUAUGGCGAGACCACCUGCUACCUUGGGCAACAGCGAACACAUAUCAGGAGAAAGGCCCCACCCACCAAACCCGAUCUGAACCCUUAACAAAUCCCUUACUCAAAGCAUAGCUUGUUAUGAGGUCUCGUUAUCGCUGUCACACUUCUUUCAGACAGGGAAAUGUUAGAGGAGAUUCCGGGCCUUUGAAAUAUAUACCAAACAUCGCGAAAAGGGACCCAGUUGGCAUUGAGGUUCUGCUUGGCGGUAGUGACUGAUACUGCCGGACUCCAGCAAUAUACUUGGCGAAUCUUUGCCGAUGACCCUUUUGUUCCGUCAAGCCUGAGCUGAGCCU